AUGAGAACAGGAAAUCCUAAUUCUUGCAAGAACUGUGGCCAUACGAACCUCACCGUAGAUAAGUUCACUUCUGCGGCUUCAGAGGUUGCUUGUUCAAGAUGUGGCACAGUUCAAGUUGAGAAUCCUAUUGUGAGCGAAGUGCAAUUUGCAGAAUCAAGCACGGGCGCCGCCAUGGUUCAAGGUGCUAUGGUUGGAGCUGAUCAAUCUAGGGCAACUUUCAGUAAUAGACAUAAUGCUAUGGAGAGUAGAGAACAAACAUUUGAGAAUGGAAAAAGAAAAAUAAAGAGAAUUGCAGCAGCAUUGAAGAUCCCGGAAUAUAUUUCGGAUUCUGCUAUCGAAUGGUUCAAGCUAGCCCUAACGAACAACUUCGUGCAAGGAAGAAGGUCCCAGAAUGUCUUGGCAUCUUGCUUGUAUGUUGCUUGUAGAAAGGAGAAGACUCAUCAUAUGUUGAUCGAUUUUAGUUCAAGAUUGCAGAUUUCAGUUUAUUCUCUUGGGGCCACAUUCUUGAAGAUGGUCAAGACUUUACAUAUAACGUCUUUACCCUUGGCAGAUCCUUCAUUAUUCAUCCAGCAUUUUGCGGAGAAGCUUGAUUUUAAAGAACAUAAUGGAAAAGUCAUUAAGGAUGCAGUGAAGUUAGCUCAAAGAAUGGCCAACGACUGGAUACAUGAAGGAAGGCGCCCCGCUGGUGUAGCGGGAGCGUGUGUUCUUUUGGCAGCAAGAAUGAACAAUAUAAGGAGAAGCCACGCAGAGAUUGUUGCAGUUGCUCAUGUAGCUGAGGAGACCUUACAAAGAAGAUUAAACGAGUUUAAAAAAACGAAGUCUGGAGCACUCUCCGUUCAAUCUUUCAGGGAAUCUUUGAGGACCGAAACUUCUAAUCCACCUUCUUUUGACAAAAAUCGUGAACUUGAGCAAAAGCUAGCACAACAGCUUAAAAAUAAAGAGCACAGUUUACAGCAUAUCAGAGAGCCUACCCUAGCGACUGAUGAAGACAAUUCAGAAGAGGCAAGGGUAUUGCGCCAACAGCAAAGAAAAGAUAAGCUUUUGCGAUCAAUAUUAAAGGACUGUGAUUUGUCCGAGAAAGAAAUAUCUGAACUGUUGUCUCGCAUAAUACAGAAUCAAAGGAAGAGUUUAGAGAGCUCAAUGUAUUUGACGCCAUCGGAAAUUAAGAAUAUCACUAACUCUUUGGACAAAAUAGAUAUGGAUAGACCGCGAAACUUGGUUAAAAACUUACCAAAAACUCAAGACUUAUUAAAUAAGAUUUCGUCUGACCCUAAUAAUUUUGACGAUCUCGAUGAUGAAGAAUUGGAGGAAUUUAAACUAUCCUCGGAAGAAUACAAGCUCAAGGAGAGAUUAUGGACGGGAUUAAACCACGACUUCUUGAUUGCUCAGGAGAAGAAGAGGUUAAAAAAAGAGGCUGACGAAUUGACAGGAAAUACAUCGGGUACAACUCGUAAGAAGAGACGAACAACAAAGAAUGAUGGAUUGUCAAGUGUAGUCGACCUCGGUGGAGACCUUGCGAACGAAAUAGGACUUAACAGUGCUUUAGCAAACAUCGGUGUUGACGAAAGUACCGGAGAGCCUUUGACUGCUGCUGAUAGUGCUAAGAUCAUGCUCUCCAAAAAGCCUUUUUCAAAAAAAAUCAAUUAUGCCACAUUAGGGGAGCUCUUUCAUGAUACUUCAAAAGUCGGUCAAUCCAGUGCUUAA